CUCAGAACACGACGCGCCGUCGACCGAAGCGGACGCGUUGGUGUCCUCAAAAAAUAAUAAAAGUAAUGAAUACGUGCUUGGUGAUAACAAAAUGAAACUUGUUGUGCCUGUAUUAUACGUGAUUGCCUCGUCGAGUCUCGUCCGAGGGCAAUCAUGCAACCCGCCCGGCGGUGGCGUUGGUGAAUGUAUAUCGAUACUAAGAUGCCCAUCUCUGGCUGCGCUGGUCAGCAAACCGACGAGGACUCAGGAGGAAGUGAAUCUGCUGAGAGGAGCGUCGUGCGGAUUUGAAGGGACCACUCCCAAGGUAUGCUGCCCAGCAACAUGCUCUACCCCGGAGGGCAUGGAGGGGCAAUGCGUGGACAUCUACCAGUGCGGACAUCUGGCUAGCAUGCUGAAACCGCCCGUCCCUAAGGAUGUGGCGCAGUACUUACAGAAAUCUAGAUGCAACGGCCCGUCACAAUACAGCGUGUGCUGCGGCCCCGCGCCCACCACUCCGGCGAGCGGCGUGGAGGUGGGCAACUGCGAGAACCGGGUGUUCGCGCUCCCUCCCGACCCGAGAACGCGCUGCUGCGGCGUGGACAGCAACGGAGCCAACAAGAUUAUCGGUGGAGAAAAGGCAAACAUCGACGAAUACCCGUGGCUGGUCAUCAUAGAGUACUCCAAGGACAAUAAGAUCAAGCUUCUAUGCGGCGGAACCCUCAUCAGCUCUCGAUACGUGUUGACGGCCGGCCAUUGUGUCUCUGGGCAAGUCCUGGAUAUUGGCACACCAAAGAACGUCCGUCUCGGUGAAUACGACACCACCAACGACGGCCAAGACUGUGUCGACGUCGGCGGGGGCCAGGACUGCAACGACCCCGUCUUGAUCGUCCCCAUAGAGCGUUACUUCUCACAUCCCGAGUACGAUCCGUUGUCUAAAAAGAACGACAUUGCGCUGAUUCGAUUGCGGCAGAACGCGCCUUUCACAGACUUCAUCCGACCCAUCUGUCUUCCCACCACGGACGUGACAACAGGCCGGUCGUCCAAUUUCAACAUGACUGUCGCCGGGUGGGGCGCUGUCAGCGAGACCGUUAGCAGGAGCGCCAUCAAGUUAUAUGUUAAACUACCCUACGUUGAUAGACAGCAAUGCCAAGUCGCGUACUCAACGUCUCGGCGGCGCGCCAAUCUCUGGGAGAAACAAAUAUGCGCCGGCGGUCAAAAAGACCGGGACUCUUGCAAGGGUGACUCUGGCGGUCCUCUGAUGCACGAGAACGUGGACGAGAGAAGAUACGAGUUGGUAGGAGUCGUCAGCUUCGGCCCGAAGCCGUGUGGAAUCGAGAACAUUCCGGGAGUUUACACCAAAGUUUUCGCUUACAAGAACUGGAUCAACAGCGCCAUACAAAAUUGAUGUUUCUACUUCUUGAUGAAUCAAAUGGUAUUCUUUUUUAUUUGAUUGAAUUAUUUUUGACCAGAACGUGGCCAAUUUAUUUGCUCUGUUACAUUCAAACAGGGUAUUAGAAGACUAAAAGAGUUUUUAAUUGUGAUAGUCUGAAAUCUACUGAGUUUUGAGAGGUUUAAAUUUGUGAUAUUUGGAUCUAGCUUUCAACAUUUAGAAGACAUUCAGCGAAUUUUCGGAUUUGGCACUUUUGUUAUAAUAUUGUUAACCUUAUGAAAGUAAAACCUUUUCAAAUAUACUGUAGAUGUCUGGCGGAAAGUAGAUGAACAGUAAAAAAUAAUUUAGGACUGUAAUAAUGUAGCUAUUCUAAUAAUAAGAUUAAAAUUUCCAAGUUGGAAUUCAGUCAACAUACAUACAUAUAAUCACGUCUAUUUCCCUUGCGGGGUAGACAGAGCCAAUUUUGGUACACAUUCAGUCAAUGUGUACCAAAAUUUCAAAACUCUUAUAAAAUAUAAAUUUUUAUAAAUAAAUUUGAUUAGAAUAAAAGCAGGGCCGAUACGAAAUAUUUUGGUAGAAGCAAGAGCAACAAAAAUGGAAGUCAAAGAAAAAAAAAAAAAAUAAGGAAUGUUGUCUAUGGUCGUUAGAUAGUCACACGAUUCCAAACUUGAAAAGU